AUGUGUCAUAUUCAGCAUUAUUUACAAUCUCAGGUUGUCGUUCACCCUUUCGUUGAUGGCAAUGGCAGAACGGCUCGUCUACUCUUGAAUCUGAUUCUGAUGAGGGCUGGUUUCCCUCCUGUUAUUUUACCAGUUGAAUCGCGAGCUGAGUACUACGCAACUCUUCACACGGCGAACCUCGGCGACUUGCGUCCAUUUGUGAGAUACGUCGCUAGACAUACGGAGAGCACUUUGAAGUUCUAUAUUGGUUCGGCCGAGAGUUGUAUAGCGGCGGACUGCCCAGAGCAUGAACUUCACGGUGAAGAAAAUGAACGGAUACAGUCUUGA